UUGAAUCGGAUCAGAAACGGAAGAACGGUUGUCCGGGAAAGACGCAGUUCUUUCCAUUCGAGUUCUUCGAAAAAGCCGGACUUUGAAUAUUUGCGUCAGAACCUGUGACGUGCUAUCGAUGGCAAAUUUGCAAGGGCGCUCUGGAGACGGGAAUUCUGGGCCAUUUUCAGUGAUUGGGAGGCUCCAGGGGCGGCAUCGACACAACUUGGUCCAUUUGCUUGCAUUGCACAAGAUGUCAAAAUCAACCAAGCGGCCUAAUAAGCUUGUUGAUAAUGUCGGUCACCCAAGCGGAUCCGAGGAAGAACCCAUUGAUACAGGCCUUAUUCGCUGUAUCUGUAAUUCAGCAGAUGACGACGGAUUCACUAUUCAAUGCGAACGCUGUCUAGUGUGGCAACACGCAUUUUGCGUUAAUAUCACUCAAACGAAUAUUCCAGAACAGUACUUUUGCGAUCAAUGCACUGGUCAACGACCCGAUGCGGCCACUAAAGGUCGUAAACCGAUGGAUCAUUCCCCUUCAAACUCACGCCGGCCUGUCGUUGAAAAGGGCAAACAUGGCUCACGUCCACCUUUGGUGGGAAAGCGAAAAGAAUCGAGCAAAUCUCUCGAACGUAUCAAGCCUAGCAGUGUGAAUUCAUUGGACGAUGUCCCCGUCGACAUGCCCAGUGAUUGGUUUUCUCCCACCGACCUGGACUCACCACCAGUCAAGUCCCCACGUCCACGUAAAGGGUCAUUCGGCACUAUGCUUAUCAAAGGAAGACAUGCACAACAAAUCAUUAUGGAAACUCGAGACAAGUGGAUGAAACUACCACGAUGGACCGGUCCUCUCUUUCACAAUGAUCGAGCCGACCCUUUACGCCAUUCCCUCAUGAGUGGCUUGUACAAUACUAUGAACAGUAAUACCAUGGCCAACACCAUCAGCAAGCUCGCUGUCCAAUCCAUUCCUCAGCAGCAGCAGCAAGACCAGCUCGGAUUAUUCGCUUCUCGUGAAAUCAAAGCCGACACUUACUUGAUGGAAGUCACCGGCACGGUCAUGCUAAAGUCCGAGUACAAGUAUGACCCCGACAAUCUCUACGGUUUUCUCGGCACGCCCCUUCCCAAAGUAUUUUUCUACCCUUUUCUAAACGUGUGUAUCGAUGCUCGUGAUCAAGGCAACGAUGUCCGUCACAUUCGUCGCUCAUGCUUUCCGAAUGCCGAAGUGAAAAAUAUCGUUUUACCUUACUCUCGUGAAGACACUAUUCAUUUAGGUCUUUUCUCACGUCAACCUAUCCAACCUGGAGAUGAAAUUACUAUUGGCUGGAACUGGCAGCAUGGCCAUGUUGCGUGGAAAAAGUAUCAAGAACAAGUCGCUUCCGACGGUCACGGCCAUCAUCACGUCAUUGACGAACAAGGCAUGCGCAAGAAUCGACAAACCCUGCAGCGCAUGCUCCAAUGUUGGGAAACCACUUUUGCCCGUCUUCCAUCACCAGUCCCUCUUCUGUGGAACACCAUGACGUUACUCUAGAACGUAAACGGCCUUUCUCUUCCGCACUACCGCCUUCCAAACGGCAUUCACCAGAACGAGUUAGCCCCGACGUGAUACCAUCUCGCCAAAUUGCUGUUGAUAAAAUGCGACAUGAUGUGCAGGCCAUGUUGCCUUCCCCGAUAGAAGAAAAUAUGGAUAUCG